UGCCGCUAGUGCUGAUGACCAGGGCAUGGUCGAUAUGAAAUCAGCCUUCUUCGAACUCACACUGAACAUUAUGAUUAGGAUGAUUGCUGGAAAACGGUAUUCUGGUGAUGGCUCAGGAAAAAUAGGGGGAGUCGCGAGCUUUCAAGAGAUGGUUAAAGAGAGUGUUAAAGUCAGCGGAUCAACAAAUGCUGCAGAUUUUGUUCCGCUACUGAGGUGGAUAGGGCAAAAUAAGCUUGAAAGUCAUCUGAAAACGUUGCAGAUGAAGAGGGAAAAGUUCCUACAAGAUUUGAUUGAAAAGCACGGAAGCAUCACCAGUCAUCGUGAGAACAAGACACUGAUUGAUGUUCUCUUAUCUCACCCAGAGACAGAACCAGAGUACCAUACGGAUCAAAUCAUCAGAGGCUUGGUUCAGCUGAUAAUGUUAUCGGCGGGAAGUGACGCAACAUCUGGAACUAUGGAAUGGGCACUGUCAGUUCUGCGGAACAACCCAGAGGCUUUAAAGAAAGCACAAGAAGAAAUAGACUUUCAAAUAGGCCAAUCAAGGCUGAUAACUGACUCCGACCUUGGCCAGCUUCCUUACCUUCAAGCAAUAAUAAACGAAACCUUUCGUAUGUAUCCUGUGUCCCCUUUUAUCUCCCUGCAUGAAUCAUCCGAAGAAUGUACAGUUGAAGGCUUUGGUAUCCCUCGUGGGACAUUGCUCCUAGUGAACCUUUGGGCUAUUAAUUAUGAUCCUGAAAUAUGGGAAGAACCCACAAAAUUCAAACCUGAAAGGUUCAUGAACUUGGAAGAUCAGAGAUAGAGAUUCGAGUUUAUGCCAUUCGGGCUUGGCCGAAGAGGAUGUCCUGGAGAAAAUUUUGCUCGACGAGUUGUGGGGUUGGCAUUGGGUUCACUUAUUCAAUGCUUUGAGUGGGAAAGACCUGGGGAAGAAUUGGUGGACAUGAGUGAAGGAGCUGGGCAUACUAUGCCUAGAGCUCAACCGCUGCUGGCAAAGUAUAGGCCACCCCCUGAAAUGGUUAAGCUUCUUUGAGUUGUGAUCUGAGUGUUUGACAAUGUUUUCUUCCUACAACACCUAGACGACUGUGGAGAAACAAGUGAACAAGAAAACAGAGGAUGUCUCUCUGUACGUGUUUGUUUUAACUUUUAAUACUACUAUUUUAUCUCUUUCAACUUCGCUUUGUGUUGCUGCAAGAAAGUAUAAAAAAGCAAAGGGUUUACUC